AUCCUUCCAACACUGUCACUAGACGGGAUAGUCUACACGCAUAUAGCCGAAGGUUCUUACGACACCGAACGUUUUGCCCAAUUCAUCAGCAAUUUACUCGAUCACAUGAACCCAUAUCCCGGUGUGAACUCCGUAGUUGUCAUGGACAACUGCAGGAUUCACAAGUCUGACCUUGUACUCGAAAUGAUUGAAGAA